AUGGCCACUACCACAGCCUCUGAUACAGGUUCCCCUUUGCGUGAGAACUUCGACGAAGUCGUGGAUGCCGACCAACCACGGGUAAAAGGCUCAGAGAUGGUCAUGAACUUGAUCGUCGGAGGACUGGGUACAGGCAUGCUCAGCCUCCCCUGGGCCAUGGCGGGCGCUUCGGUGUCCGUCGGGGUUGCUAUUAUCGUGUUGGUCGUUGCUGUGAACAUUUGGACCAUUAUGAUCCUCGUCGUUGGUGCAGAAAGGUACCAGGUCUACGAUUUGGGAGCCCUCCUGGGGAAACUUCCCGGCCAACUCGGCCCGGGCAUGCAGAUCUUUACCAAUCUCAUGGUGUGGGUCGUCCUUUUCGGGUCGCUCGUCAGCUACAUUAUCAGCAUCUGCGACUCUGCGCAGCCCUUCAUUGCAGGGACCUUCUUGGAGAAGCGUUGGGCCUUGGCUGGUUUGGCCUCGAUCUUGGUGAUGGCUCUUUGCUUCCUAGAUCAGAAGUAUCUCUCUUUUUCGUCUGCUGCGGCGAUCCUUGUCAACAUGUAUUUGUUGGGAUUGGUUUGUUCCGAGUACGGGAAGCGCGCCGCUCAUGGUGAGCUGCCGGCUGGCGUUUGCGGCUUUGGAUUUGCAAAGGGAUCCGUGACGAUGGUGAGCACGAUGAUGCAGAGCGUCAUCAUCCAGAUGUGUGUGCUGCCGAUGUACAAGGAGCUGGAGAACAGAUCACCGAGGAGGUUUGGAAGGCUGCUGACUGUUGCCUUCUCCGUGCUGGCGUUGAUCUUCAUCAUUCUGGCCAUGGCAGGGUACUAUGCCUUCGGACCAUCGGUGGAGUCCAACCUCCUCUCCUCCCUGCCACGGACCACCGCCAACAAUGUUGCCCAGGCUGGGAUGAUACUGACCAUGGCUGCCGUCUACCCGAUCAUGAUGAUCGCUAUGAUCGCACCAGUAAAAAAUCUUCCCUUGGAGCGAUUUGGCUGGCAGGCGCAGGCUGUUCGACGCAAGUUCAUGGCAGUUUCGGGACUGAUCCUUUUCUUCGUGGUCGCCUCCUUCCUGGUGGCUCUGGAGGUGCGGAGCUUGGGACUUGUGAAUGUCCUGGAUGGGGCGUUGUGCGUCGGAGUGUUCACAGCUUUGGCACCGGGUCUGGUGGGGCUUCUGCUGAUGGACAGACAGAGCUUUGCAUGGAAAUCCGCCAUGUACCUGCUACUGGCCGGCGGCAUCGCGAUGAGCGUUCUGGGUCUUGUCUUCACGCAGAACGAGCCGGAGAAGCUUGCGCAAGCUUGCAAGCUUCCCCACCCUGCCGAUGUGAGUAUUGGCAUGCUGGUUGGGCUUCUGGAGGCACGAGGGGUCCUGUCUCACACUCUGCAACCGCGUGCGCAAUGGCGCACCCAGUUGGUCCAGGAUUGGUGCCGAGUGAACAAGGACUACCUCGGAGAGGAAGGAGUCAAGCAGCUGGACAUGUUCGGACCUGCCGAUCAAUGGCGGAUUAUCUCAGAGGGCCCUGCAUCUGAAAACAUGGAUUCGGUGCACAUUAUCCAGUCCCGGGCCAAGAGGAGCCGCGAGAUGGCGAACACCGUUGCAACGAUGUUCGCACAGCGAAGGGAGCUGGCGAACAAGACAGCCCAAGAGACCAUUGUUGCAAAGGCCGCAGCGAAGCCGCUCUUCAACCCGACCAUGGCCGACACUGUGCAGGCCUUCUUCAACAGAGUCGUCGGCUGCGAGGUUCCUGAGAGCCAGCGGAGAUGUGGCGGCUUCGGGGUGCAACACGAGCUCGAAGAGGAUCGAUCGAAGCUCGUGGGAAAAGUCAAAGGUGUGGACGGAGUGGUUGAGAUUCUCAAACCCAAGUACGAGUGCAGGAGGGGAGACCGAUACCGCGUAAUCGGGGACCACGGCGGCCCUGCGGGGAUGUGGCGUCUGGAAGGUGGAAAGACCGUGCCAAAGACGCAUGUAAAGGAAGGAGGCUGGAAAUGGGUGCUCGAGGAGCCCGAGCCGGAGGCGAAGGCGGCAAAGCCCAUUCCGGUGCAGACCACUCCGGUGGCGACCUUUACGCCCAAGGAGCACAAACAGCUGCAGGAGGAGCCCUCUACCGAAGACGAGAAGCGAGAAAAGCCAAAGCCAAAGAAGAAGAAAGCUGUGCCUGCACAAAGCCGAAAGAAAGCUGCGAAGAAGGAUGAAAGUGAAAGCGAUGAGGAUGAAGAGAGUGAGAGAAAGCCGAAAGUUAGCAAAAAGCGUGCUGCGA